AUGGCUUUUUGUUUCGUUAAAGAUGUAACUAGCAAUUUGUUGCUUGCUGCAUUUCCUGGUAGCAAUGUUUUGGUUCUCGAUGUGAAUCAGCUGGUUUUCCCGAGAUGCAGCUCCUUCGACCUCGCCUCGCAAACGGACUUCAAGCUCACCCGCCGCGUCGGGAGCGACCCGCCCAGGCCUGCCGGCCAGGAGGUGUGGGCCGGCACGCUGUCUCGUGGAGGUGGUGGCGGCGCGGCCAAGCGGUGCAAGCACCGGGUGGCAGUGAAGAGGGUGCCCCUGCCCGCAGGGGACGGGCUCCAGGUUGUUCAGGAGGAGGUGAAGUGGCUGAGGUGCGCCUCCACAUGGUGUCGGAACGUGUGCGCAUUCCAUGGUGUUGUCAGGGUCGGCGGCCACGUCUGUUUCGUCAUGGAUCGCCAUGUUGGGUCUGUGCAGGCCGAGAUGCGGCAGAAUGGUGGACUUCUCACGCUGGAGCAAAUUCUCAGUGAUUGCCUUGUUAAUGGCGUUAUGCGUUUUGAUUUUGUUGGUGCUGAUAGCUGCUUUGUUUGCUUAGCUUCUAUUGUUGUAAGGAAGGAAAUUUAUGAAGUGCUGUGGUUUUCCCGCUAA